AUACUUUAUUUUGUCUAUGGUUAUUUAUUAUGCAUCGAAGAUUUUACCGGUUAAAAUCAGCUGUAAACAGUGUUAUAUGAAUUCUUACAACAGUUUUAGCAAUGUUAAUCGCAUGCAGAAUUUUUAUCAAUAUAAUGAGCACAUGGAAAUUACUCCAGCGUCGAUGUUACGAUCUUCUAUCAUACAAAUAUUCUUUAUUGGUGAUAUUAACGGCGUUCACUUGUAUAUUUAUUGGUAUUGUUCAUUUCGGAGAGAUGUGGAUAACUUGGAGCAAAGAAAAAUAUGAAGCAGUAUUUCAUUCUUUUAAUGAUAAUAUAUUAGGUAUCUCUUUUCAAAAAAAGCUAUGCCAACAUGUUCCAAUAGAUGUUGUGUAUACAUGGGUCAAUGGAUCUGAUCCAGUUUUUUUAAAAAGUUUGAAAGAACAUGUUCCUAUUACUGAUAUUAAUACAGCUGCUUCCAGAUUUAAUGAUAAAGAUGAAUUAAGAUAUUCAUUACGUUCAUUGGAAAAAUAUGCACCUUGGGUAAGACAUGUGUAUAUUGUUACAAAUGGUCAAAUACCAAGUUGGUUAGAUAUGGAUAAUCCUAAAGUUACACUUGUUACUCAUGAAGAUAUAUUUAUAAAUAAAAGUGAUCUUCCAACAUUUUCUAGUCCAGCUAUUGAAAGUAAUAUUCAUAGAAUUCCUGGAAUUUCAGAUAAGUUUUUAUAUUUUAAUGAUGAUGUUAUGUUAGGGGCAGAAGUAUGGCCAGAAGAUUUUAUUACCCAAGCAAAUGGUCAAAAGAUAUAUCUUGCAUGGUGGGUUCCUGAUUGUUCGGAUGUUUGUCCUUGGGCUUGGGUGGGUGAUGGAUCAUGUGAUCCUGCUUGUAAUACAACAUUAUGUGAAUUUGAUGGAGGAGAUUGUGAUAGCACACCAGUUCCUACUGAUAGUGAAACUCUUGAAGAAGAAGGAGAUUAUUCACACAAACUUUUACAAGAUUCAUUAGAUGAUAAUAAUUAUGGUUUUAAAUUUCUAAAUAUAUUAAGAAACAGAAAUAUAAGUACUAUAUGGAAUGAUACAGAAACAUUUAUUCACCAAUCAUCAAAUAUGACUACAAAUUUAAAGCUAAAUAUAAAUAAAUCUCAUAAUUUUAAAAAUAAUUAUAUAAGUUCCAUUGAGAAAUAUUAUAAUGAACAAUUAAUUCAAAAUAAUCAAACUGUAUCUACUCAAAAAUCAAUGUUAUCAAAAAUGAUGAGUAAAGUAAAAUUUCAGACAUCAAAUAUAACUAAAAGACGUUUAUUAUUGAAACGUUAUUUAAAUGAUGAUAUCAUAAAUUUGCCACAAGUUAAUAGUACCAUAAAAAUCAAUCAUAAACUACAUCAUUCUGAUCAAUGGAAACUUAGAACGAGACAACUUGAUACAUAUGCUGAAUCUUUGCUGUAUGUGAAUAGAAUAUAUAAUAUGGCAUAUGGAUUCGAACGUAGAAGAGUACCCGCUCAUAUGCCUCAUCUGAUAGAUAAAUGGAUUGCUGCUGAUAUGCAAAAGAAAUUCAAACAUGAAUUUAAAAGAACAUCUAACCAUAAAGUUAGAAGCUCGGAGGACAUGCAAUUUGCUUUUUCCUAUUUUUAUUUUUUAAUGAGUGAAAAACGGAAUGUACCAAUUGAAGAAAUAUUUGAUACGUUUGACACCGAUAAAUCAGGCACUUGGUCAGACCGAGAAAUUAGGACUCUUCUAUCUAGACUUUAUCCACUUCCUCUUGAUUAUAGUUUAGUUAUUGAUUUUGAAAAUGCAAUAACGAAUUGUUCAAAUCAUAUUAAAAUUACUAAGAUACUAAAUGUGCCACCAGGAGAAAGAUAUUUGGAUUCAUCACUUCCAAUUGUAACUAAGGAAUUGAUAGCAAAAUGCGAAUUAGUUUCAAGAAAAGUUAAAGCUAAAUUUGGUGAAGAAAAACUUUAUCAACAUGAGAUAAUUAAAGCAGGAAAAAAUGAAAUAUUUGAAAUGUUAACGAGCAACGUAUCUUUAACAGUACAACUUUUGGAUGAGAUACGUAGGGAUCCCAAAAAAUUUAUUUGUUUAAAUGAUGAUAUGGAUCCUCUUCGACAUGCUGAAAAUGAAGUAGUUCGGGCAUUAUUGAACGAUUUUUAUCGCUCUCUCUAUCCAUUACGUAGUACUUUCGAAUUACCAUUACAAUAUCGAAAUCUUUUUACUCAUCGACAUAAGCUCCUUGAAUGGAGAGCUAAUCGAACAAGGACCAGAAAUUUAUUGUUAUGUCUUAUUUUUUUAUUGCUUAUUACGACGUUCUAUCACUUUUUUUAUCAUCAAGUACGAAGAUUAUUCAGAAUACGGGCUCUGCCCAUUUUACUCGUUUAAAACUAAGACAAAUCCAAAAAUGAGAAAAACGAUU